ACCAAGGUUUAUGAGCGGGUAUCUGCCGGUUACGGCUUGCAGGAAAGAUGGAGUAUACUGCGUUGGGCACCGUGGAGGCCGCGGACAGCGGAGGGGCCCUGCCAUACAACAGCUCGGAGGAGCGAGAAGGCCGGGAACCGGACGGACUGCGCUUCGACCGCGAGAGGGCGCGCCGCCUGUGGGAAGCAGUGUCCGGGGCCCAACCAGUGGGGAGGGAGGAAGUGGAGCACAUGAUCCAGAAGAACCAGUGUCUCUUUACCAAUACUCAGUGUAAGGUUUGCUGCGCCUUGCUAAUUUCUGAGUCCCAGAAGCUGGCACACUACCAGAGCAAAAAACAUGCCAACAAAGUGAAGAGAUACCUAGCAAUCCAUGGAAUGGAGACAUUAAAGGGGGAAACGAAGAAGCUAGACUCAGAUCAGAAGAACAGCAGAAGCAAAGACAAGAACCAGUGCUGCCCCAUCUGUAACAUGACCUUUUCCUCCCCUGUCGUGGCCCAGUCGCACUACCUGGGGAAGACCCACGCAAAGAACUUAAAGCUGAAGCAGCAAUCCACUAAGGUGGAAGCUCUGUCGAAACGCCUUACAAACCCUUUCCUUGUGGCCUCCACCUUAGCCUUGCACCAGAAUAGAGAAAUGAUAGACCCAGACAAGUUCUGCAGCCUCUGCCAUGCGACUUUCAACGACCCUGUCAUGGCUCAACAACAUUAUGUGGGCAAGAAACACAGGAAACAGGAAACCAAGCUCAAACUCAUGGCACACUAUGGGCGGCUGGCCGACCCUGCUGUCACUGACUCAUCAGCUGGGAAGGGUUACCCCUGCAAGACGUGUAAGAUAGUGCUGAACUCCAUAGAACAGUAUCAAGCUCAUGUCAGCGGCUUCAAACACAAGAACCAGGCAUAUGCCAAGCAAAUCCUCUCAGGUAAUCCACACAACAACCCUAGGAAGAAGGUAUUAUUAUUAUAGACAGAGGCAACCACCAUUCAAGUGAUACUAUGAGACAGAGCCUAUAAUUCAAACUGAGUCUUGUCUGGCUCACAGCAUGCUUUUCUAGGGCAUCAUGCUAACAAGGAGGUUAUGGCACCGUGUGAUAUGAGGAGGCUAGGGCCUGGUAAGGGGAGGGCUUAUGCAGUUCUGUCUCUUCCUCUCAGAAGGGAACUGGGUAGUGUGGACGUGUGCUACAACAUAACUUUCUGAGAUGAGAAUAUACUCAUUUUAUAGAUAAGGAAAUUGAGUUUCAGGCAACCAAGUCUAAUAAACUGAUUUAUUUGACUUAAAUGGUAGGUUCUGCAUUGUUCACAGAGCUGAAUUAACUAAAGGUGGUAGAAACACAAAAUAUUAGUCAAAAUGUCCUUGGUCCUCUCCACUCUGACUGAAGUUUCCCCUCCCACAUUGCAGCAGAUCUGAGGACUUUUGAGGCUUCUUUUAGAUAUGGACUUGAGACAAGCCUGCACAGUCCAGCCUGGGGCUCACUCCCAUUUCAGCACAUCUCCCUUGCAGCUUGACUGGUGGCAGUUUCAGCAUACAACCUGGAGACAACCAGAGCCUGGGGGUACCCAGUCUUGAAAAUGCUAGUAUUUACUCUUUUCUUUCUAUAUUUUCAGCUAUGUGACUUUGGGUGAGUCAGUAAACUUCUCUGAGCCUCCACUUCCUCUUCUGUAAGAUUAUAGCUACUAUUUGUUGAACACCUAAGUUAAUUUCAUUUAAUUCACAGUAGCAGCUCUGAAUUAAGACACACACACACACACCCCUUUACGACCUGAGGAAACCCAAUGUCAGGUAGGUUAAGUGACUUGCCCAAGCCACUUAGUUACUUGGAGUUAGACCCAGAAUUCAAACCUUUUGAUUCCAAAGUACAUUUAUUUUGCUCUGCCAUCGCAUAUGGGGCUCAUUAUCCUCACCUUAUGGGAUGACCUGAGAGUUAGAGAUAAAGUAUGUGAAAUGCUGGUAACCAGAAAAGGGAACUAUUAGAGGUAAGCUUUCAUUCAUUCAACAAAUAUUUAUUGAGUACCUACUAUGUGCCAGGUCCUAUAUGGAGCACUAGGGCUAUAGUAGGAACCAGGAUCAAUGCUGUUUCCUGAUUUUUUUUGGAUCCCCAUCUAGUGGUAGAAGCAGAUCCUAAACAAAUCCAUAAACAAAUAAGACAAUAUCAGUUAUUACUAGGUACGCAGAAAGUGGGAUAGAGUGACUGGAGAGCCACUUUUGACUCAGUGUGAGGGAAAGAAUGAUCAGUCUGUACUAUCCAGGUCAUAUAGGGCCCUAUAGGCAGAAUAAAUGGUUUGGUAGUGGAGAGAUGUGGGCUGCUGUCCUGAACCUGCCACACUUUUAAAAAGCUUAAGGGUGGAGGGAUGGUCAACAACAACAACAUAAUUAUUUAAUUUUAAAAAUUAAAAAAAAAAAAAAACAGAAAACAACAAUAAAAAGCCUACUGGGGUCAGGUGACUUAGACUUUCUGAACUUUAGUUUCCUUAUAUACAAAACAGGGGUACUAUCCCCGCCUUGUAGAAUUGCCAUGAAGAUUAAAUAGGAUGCUAGAAGCAAAGCACCCAGCAUUGUGCCUAGCAUGCAGUGACCCUCAGUAAAGGAGACCUGGUCACCUUAUUACUCCAAGGCCCUGGAAGAGCUGUACUAUCUUUAGAAAAUUACCUGGAGCACCAUCAUAACCACCACAAACUGACCCUGUGUGUUUAUUCCUUCUCAAACUACAGGUCACCAAAAACAAUGGCAUCACCCCUGGGCCAGAUUCCAGUGCAAAGGCAGCCCAUUCAGAAAGACUCAGCCACC